CAACUCAACUAUCGGUUUUUAUUUUGAGCCAAACGCCGCCUUAAAAGAGCCACGACGCGACACGAACUGAUUCUCAUUCUCACAUCAGUCUGUCUCGUCUCUCCCGUGUAUAGUCGGUACUCCCUCCCCAAUUUGCUUACCAGUUGCAAUCUUCAAUCUCCCUCGGGUUGAAUUUUACCCGUCCGAAGUUCCAUUACCUGCUCCGCCUGCUUCUUUUCUCUUCUGCUUUCUUUCGAAUUGUAGCCUGGACCAAGAAACUACCUCCCCAUCUUUGGAAUUUCCAAGUCCAAAUGAGCAAUAACAUGGGGCGUUUCCUAGUUGCUGGGCUCUGUUUAUGGUUCUCUCUGACAUUGGUGAUUGCAGAUGCAAAUGACUCUUCUUUGGGAGGUUUAAUCUGGUCGUCUGCAAAAGAAGAGAGCGAUCUCCUUAUCGAGCACAGGCCCCAGGAAGAUUCCGCCGACGCUGAUGGCUUUGAUGGCGGCUUUCCUUCCCUCGAUAGCAUGUUACAGUGGGCUAUAGGCCAUUCUGAUCCUGCAAAACUAAAGGAUACUGCACAGGAUGUGAAACGAUUGUCUCCAAGUGAAAUAAAGAAGCGUCAAGAAGAAAUUAAGGACCUAAUAGAGGAGUUGAAGGUGCCAUCAGAUGCAAAGCUGAUGCAAAUUGCGAUAGAUGACUUGAAAAAUUCCUCUCUAUCAUUGGAAGAUCACCAUCGGGCACUACAGGAGCUUUUAGAACUCGUUGAGCCAAUAGACAAUGCAAAUGAUUUGGACAAACUUGGGGGCCUUGCUGUGCUUAUUCAUGAGCUUAAUCAUUUCGAUCCUGAUGUGAGGAAAAUUGCAGCGUGGAUUCUUGGAAAAGCAAGUCAGAAUAACCCUAUUGUUCAAAAGCAGGUAUUGGAACAUGGGGCACUAGCAAAAUUAGUAACGAUGGUAAAAUCUGAUUUUGUAGAAGAAGCCAUCAAGGCAUUAUAUGCUAUUUCAUCGUUGGUUCAAAAUAAUUUAUCUGGCCAGGAAUUAUUUUAUGCCGAAGCUGGAGAAACUAUGCUUCAGGAUAUUCUAAGCAAUUCGAGCAGGGAUAUCAGAUUGCAAAAGAAAGCUGUGUUUCUUGCAAGUGAUUUGGCUAUGACACAACUAGAAAAAACAGAUGAAGCUCAAAGGCCAUUUUUCGGAGAUCGCCUUUUCUUGAAGUCUGUGGUUGAUCUCAUCCAUUCGACAGACGUUGAUCUCCAGGAGAAGGCCCUCAUUGCUCUAAAGAACCUCCUGCUUCUAAGAACAACAAAAGCUCAAGUUUUAAGAGAAUUUUGUGGGUUGGAUGUUGCUUUGGAGAGGAUGAGGGUGAAGCUGGAGGUAUUAAUGGAAGACGACGAUCACCGAGAUUAUGCAAUGGAUGUGGAAGAUCUACGAAGCCAAGUAGAGCUAAUUUUCCUUCAAAAGCUGGGAAAGAGGAUGCAGGUUCCAACAUGAACAGGACUACAGUAGGAUGAUAUUAGCUGCAGCUUUGAAGUUUGUCAUAUACAAUGCUUCCUUACUAACCUAGGCUGUUUCGAUGUGUUUACCCAGUAGAAAGAGAUACAUACUACUAGGAAGUUGAAAGAAUGAAGAAUUUUGUGUGGUGUAUAGAAAUUUGGUAGAAUAUUAUUCACAACUAACUAUUUAUUAUUGAAUAAAACUAAAGAUUAUUAAGGAAAA